AUGGCUAAUAUAACAACCAUCUCAGAAAGCAAAGAGGUCCGCGGCCUCAACUUGAUCGCUGCGCAUUCACAUAUUCGAGGUCUUGGGGUCGAUAUCGCUACUCUCGAUGUCAGUAGUCAGGCUCAGGGCCUGGUUGGCCAACAAAAAGCCAGGAAAGCUGCCGCUGUGAUUCUACAGAUGGCCAAAGAUGGGAAAAUAGCAGGUCGUGCAGUUCUCAUAUCAGGUCCACCUAGCACAGGAAAAACUGCAAUCGCAAUGGGUAUGGCUCAAUCGCUAGGUCCAGAUGUGCCCUUUACGAUGCUUGCCUCGUCCGAGAUAUUCUCCCUUGAAAUGUCCAAAACAGAAGCCUUGACGCAAGCCUUUCGCAAAUCUAUCGGCGUGCGCAUAAAAGAAGAGAGUGAAAUCAUCGAGGGCGAAGUUGUCGAAAUCCAGAUUGAUCGAAGCGUGUCUGGUGGAAACAAGCAAGGAAAGCUGACUAUCAAGACGACUGAUAUGGAGACUGUGUACGACAUGGGCACAAAAAUGAUCGACUCAAUGACAAAAGAGAAGGUCAUGGCUGGAGACGUGAUAUCGAUUGAUAAGUCUUCAGGCAAGAUCACAAAACUCGGCCGAUCCUAUACUCGUUCCAGAGACUACGACGCCAUGGGCGCAGACACAAAGUUUGUCCAAUGUCCUGAAGGAGAACUGCAAGUGCGCAAAGAGGUGGUUCAUACAGUCAGUUUACACGAGAUUGAUGUGAUCAACUCCAGAACACAAGGCUUCCUGGCGCUUUUCUCAGGCGAUACGGGUGAGAUUAGAAGUGAAGUCAGAGACCAGAUCAACACAAAAGUUGGCGAGUGGAAAGAAGAGGGCAAAGCAGACAUUAUACCUGGUGUUUUAUUUAUUGACGAGGUGCACAUGCUGGAUAUCGAAUGCUUCUCUUACAUCAACAGAGCCUUGGAGGCUGAGCUGGCACCGAUAGUAAUCAUGGCAAGCAACAGAGGAAACGCCAGAAUACGUGGGACAGACUACAGGUCACCUCACGGCCUACCUCUGGAUUUCCUCGACCGAGUCGUGAUUAUCAGCACACAAUCCUACUCUGGCGAUGACGUCUCCCAGAUUCUAGCCAUUCGAGCCCAGGAAGAAGAGGUGGAUCUCUCAGCUGAUGCCCUCGCACUGCUCACAAAAAUUGGUCAAGAGGCCGGCCUCCGAUAUGCAAGCAAUCUCAUCACAACCUCGACGUUACUUAGCUUGAAGCGCAAGGCGAAGGGGAUCAGUAUCGAUGAUAUCCAGCGAAGUUACAGGCUAUUCUACGACCCUAUACGAUCGGCUAGAUUUGUAAGCGAAUCAGAGAAGAACCUGAUCAGCGAUUCUGGGUCCGUGAAUUUGGCCUAUACAAACGGCCAUUCUGAUGCGAUGGAUGUCACGAGUUGA